AUGCAAUUCCGCAUACUUGCCCGCCUCUUCGGCGGUCUUGGUCUCGCAGGCGUGCCGCUUGGGACAACUGCUGUCCGGACAGCGGUCGAGUUGCUGUCCAAAAGAUCGUACUACGACAUUUGUACUGAGGACUGCAGCCUCGCGGGCGUGCCGUUGCCCGACAAGGACAACUUCCAGCUGCCCUUAGAGAACAACUACGUGCAGCGAUGCCCGGCGAUCGCCCUCACGACGCCGAGCGGCAGCAUCGUCACCUCGCGCGUUUGCCUCGACUUCAUAGGUCCUAACCUGUACUUCAACGUUUCGUCUUUCCCGGGUUACACUACCAAGUCUGCGACUGUAGCAUGGAAGCUGAAGGGCAACUCGCUCGACCCGAGGACCUGGAGCAACCCUCCAAUGGCCAAAAUCGUGUGCGCACAGGAUGGUUCCGGGUUUGUCUGCAUGCUGCCCUUUACCACCAUCCUGGGGGUUCCUGUUACUACCCCGAUCAAGGAUGUCAUGGCGGGAAUGUGCCCCAACGACGACAGGGAGGCUCUCGACGUCUUCCUGGCAUUCUCUGGCCAAACUGAAUCAAUCGAGUCGAGCACUGGUACCGUAAUCACUUCUGUUUUCAAGAGCAUGGCUCCUUGCAUGGCCCGGGACGCUCGCGGUCAGUGCACGUCGUACUCGGCCACCACCCACGACUACUUUGAGAUGAUACUCCGCUGCACCAAGUGCGCGGCGGUCCCAUGCAAGACAACCUCCACAUCGGCAUCGAUAUCGACAUCGACGUCCGCUCUGCCGCCGACUGCAACCCACAAAAUCUGCAGCUUCGGCGCGGCCUUUGGCUACGAGAGGCCAACCGGCAGCACCAGGAAGUCCUUCACGCUGGACACGCAGCCCGGCGAGGGGUGCAACCGUUGGGGCUGGUACGACACCCCCACACUCGCGGAGCUACAGGGCGGUCGCAGCGGCGGUAUCGAGGGGCCUUUAUACGUCGGCGCCGGGGGCGAUGAUAUCACCAAGGCUGUAACGGUGGGAUCCUGGGCAGCAAAAGCCAACUGGGAAGGCAAGGUCGCGAUCGGCUGGGCCCUUGCCGAGGGGUACAAUCUCGCGGAGGCGAAUGUCUACUUCGAUUGCCUGCCCCUAAAUCAGUGCACGCCGGGCUCGUACACGCGCAAGUCGGGAACCCUCACUGCCAAGGAUACGCGUUACUGGGCGGUCACGACGCUCGCGUAUCCAAAGUGUCCGAGCGGGAGCCAGGCGGCGCUUAUUGUCCAUGCCUUCGUCAAUAUUAAGACCACGGACAGCAAGUGUCCAGCUAGAAAGGCGAGCUGA